CUGUAGACGACACGUGUUCGUAAAGUUCCAGUUCCCAGAGGCCAGACGUGCUGAAAGAUGGCGACUCACCUGUACAGUUUCGUUGUUGUAGCUCUCGGAGUGUUAAUCCUUCAGACGUCAGCUCAGCCUAGCAAACAAUGUACUGAAAAAGCCGACAUCGUCUUCAUUCUUGAUUCGUCAGCAAGUGAAGGAUCGACAAACUUCCAUAAACAGCUGGACUUCGUGAAGAGAUUUGUGCAGCAGUUUAACGUAGGCCCUGACAAAACACAGUUCAGCGCCAUAACUUUCUCAUCUAGUGUCAAAAACAACUUUUGGUUAAACGAUCACCAGACUCAGUCGUCGGUUCUGUCAGCGCUGAACAAUGUGGCGUAUUCGUCUGGAAUCACCAACACCGACAAGGCUUUAGACUUUGCAAGACAAAACUCAUUUCUCUCGAGCAAUGGCGGACGUUCGGAUGCCGAGAAAAUCGUUAUUGUCCUUACAGAUGGUCAGUCUACAAGUCCGUCUAAAACCUCGGUCGCUGCUAAUGCUCUCCAUCACAGCGGGGUCGAGGUCAUCACCGUUGGGAUCGGGAAUGGCAUUACCCAAUCCGAACUGGCCGUGAUAGCCAGUGAUCGUCAACAUGUCUUUCAAGUGCAGUCCUUUGACGCUCUACAAACCAUUCAGACUGAACUGACGAAUGCAGCUUGCCAAGCUCCCUCUGCCGCAUGUGGUAAAAAGAAGGCCGAUAUUGUAUUUGUUCUCGAUUCCUCCAGUAGUAUCGGGUCGACCGACUUCACGAAACAACUGGAAUUCGUGAAAAACAAUGUCCGACAGUUCGACAUCGGACCAUCAGAUACUCAGAUCAGCGUGGUGUCCUUCUCCGACAGUGUGUUUGAUGAAUUCCAUCUUAACCGAUUUCCUUCCAAAACCCAGGUCCUUGGGGCCAUCUCCGCCAUCAAAUACCACACCGGAACAACAUACACCAACCUGGCCCUCGCGCAUGUCAGAAAUGAGAGCUUUUCUGCAGUCAAUGGUGGCCGACCAGAUGCAGCUAAAGUGGUUAUCGUCUUGACUGAUGGCCAGUCUACUUCCGGUCAGGCAACAAUAAACGAGGCCAACAAGUUACACAUGACGGGAGCGGAAGUUACCGCUAUUGGUAUAGGAAGUGGAGUCGAUAAAGCCGAGCUCAAUGUUAUCGCCACAGACUCUGCGCAUGUGUUUGAGGUACAGAAUUAUGACGUAUUGUCCUCCAUCCAACACAGCCUUGAGGUUGCCACAUGUCAAACAAAUGAAUGUCGGGGACAGAAAGCCGAUAUAGUGUUUUUGCUGGAUUCUUCUGCAAGUGAAGGCAGUGAGAAUUUCAACAAACAGUUGGAAUUCAUGAAGAACUUUACCGCGCAGUUCCAGAUAGGACAUGACAACGUUCAGAUGGGUUUGGCUGUAUUCUCGACACUGACAAAUAACGAGUUCUGGCUGAACACUUACAACGAUAGUACCUCCCUGGAGAACGCUAUCGAUAACGUACAGUACUUACCAGGGAACACAUACACAGACGAGGCUUUACAAUUCAUCGUUAACAACAGCUUCACGUCUGCGAACGGUAUGCGUGAUGGCGUCCCUCAUAUCCUGGUGGUGAUGACGGACGGACAGUCACAUGACCCUGCGGCCACAGCCAGUACCGCGAAGCUCGUGCACGACGCGGGAAUUAAAACCGUGGCAAUUGGCAUAGGAAGCGACGUAGAUAAAUCUGAACUCCAGGCCAUAGCAACUGACGCUGACCACAUGAUCUUGGUCCCAGACUUCAAUGCCCUUGCCACAAUACAGAGUGAGGUUGAAGCAUCUGCAUGCAAAUCGGAAAAGCCUGAUCAAGAAUGUGGAACUCAACCAGCCGACAUCGUGUUCAUAUUGGACGCGUCUGGUAGCGAGGGUCACACAAACUUCAACAAGCAACUGCAGUUCAUGGGAGACUUCGUUAAGCAGUUUCAAAUUGGUCCUCAAAAUGUCCAGGUUGGUCUUGUGACAUUCUCUACAAGUGCACACAACGAGUUCUACUUUAACACGUACCAUGAUCAGGCAGGUAUCUUGAACAAACUCAACAAUGUACACUACUCAGGCGGGACGACACACACUGACGCAGGUCUACAAUACUCUCGACUAUUCCACUUUACUUCUACAUACCAUGGUGCACGAAGAAACGCCCAAAAGAUUGCUAUCGUUAUGACUGACGGACAGUCCAGCAGUAAAUCAUCUACCAGCAGACAGGCCCAGUACCUGAGAGAUAUGGGCGUGAAGGUGAUUAGUAUCGGUAUAGGGUCGGGCAUUGAUCAGAGAGAACUCAACACUAUUGCUACAGAUAGCAAUCAUGCGUUCAGUGUCAGCAGCUUCGACGUUCUCAAAAGCAUCGAGAUCGAACUCAAGAACGCGGCUUGUGGAGCUCCUACACAGGCACCUAAUAUUGAUCCAAAAUGCGGAAAAAAUGCUGCUGACAUUAUUUUCCUACUUGACUCGUCUGGAAGUGAAACAAGGACCAACUUCAACAAGCAGUUGGAUUUCGUAAAGAAUUUUGCGAGUCAAUUCCAGAUCGGUCCAGGCAAUGUGCAAGUGGGCGUUGCCACAUUUUCCACCCACGUAGACGAACAGAUAAAAUUAAAUGCCUUCCACGACCAGCAGGCCUUGAUGAAUGCGAUCUCUCAUGUUUCCUAUGACGGAGGCCUGACGUACACAGAUGACGCCCUGAAGUACGCCCGACAGACUGGUUUUCUGCCGAGUCACGGCGGUCGGACAAACGCUACUCACAUCGUUGUUGUCAUGACCGAUGGCCAAUCCUAUAGCUCGGGACUGACCAAGACACAGGCGACGCUUCUUAAGAACAUUCCAGGCAUGAAGGUCAUUUCCAUCGGUAUUGGUAGCAGUGUCAAUCGCAAUGAACUCCUCGAAAUAGCCUCCGACUCGUCACACAUGUUUGAGGUUGCUAACUUUAAUUCUCUGUCACAGAUUGGCUCAGAAAUUACUUUUGCUACAUGUAACACUUGUGGUUAUGACGACAGAGCCGACAUGGUCUUUGCGAUCGAUGCCUCUGGGAGUGAAGGAUCUGUUAACUUCCAAAAGUCGCUUGACUUUAUGGCACAAUUUGUCAACAGUUUCCCAGUGGGCCCUGGUCAUGUGCAGUUCGGCCUUGUCACUUUCGGUACACACGCGUCAACUGAAUUUGACUUAAAUCAAUACGGGGAUAAACAGUCGGUCCUUUCAGCGAUCCAGAAAGCAAACUACGACUCGGGUACAACAGCAACCGGCGAAGCCUUAAAGAUCAUUAGGGAACAUAGUCUUCAAUCGUCCGCGGGAGCAAGACCUGGCUCUCAUCACUUCGUAAUCGUACUGACAGAUGGCGCCUCAACCGACUCAUCACAAACUGUUGCUGAGGCUUCAAAACUUAAACAGCUUGGAAAUACGACGGUCAUCAGUAUUGGGAUCGGAUCGAAUGUCGAUAAAUCGGAGCUAAAUACAAUCGCCACUGACAAUCAUCAUGUUUUCAACGCUAUCGAUUUUAAUGCCUUAAGUAACAUCAGAAACGAGGUGCGAAAGGCAACAUGUGAUGUCCAAGGAGCAUGUGAGUAUACACAAAAGUAUAGAUACAUUGGUGUUAUAUGUUGUUUAUUCAUGCAUAUUGAACAGAAGUAUAGAUUUAUUGAUGUUAUAUGUUGUUUAUUCGUGCAUAUCGAACAGAAGUAUAGAUAUAUUGAUGUUAUAUGUUGUUUAUUCAUGCAUAUUGAACAGAAGUAUAAAUAUAUUUAUGUUAUAUAGUGUUUAUUCAUGCAUAUCGAACAGAAGUAUAGAUUUAUUGAUGUUAUAUGUUGUUUAUUCGUGCAUAUCGAACAGAAGUAUAGAUAUAUUGAUGUGAUAUGAUGUUUAUUCAUGUAUAUCGAAACAUCGUAGUUGAUUCCCCCGUAUAAUAAACAUGCACUUGAACAUUGAUAAAUAUGUGGAAAAUAUUGUAAUUCUACCAUUGAUGGAAAUACAAAAAAAUACUUCCAUAUCAAAGCGAAAAUGGGGGAAAUGAUUUUGUUAAAGUGUUUUAACUUUUUACAAAUAUGAAUACAUCACCUCGGGUAAGUAUUAUAUAGAAACAUUGAAUGAUUAAUAACCAGGUAUGUGGAGCUGUUAUUUGCUGGUUAGGCUCGUAAACUUUUAACUGUUGGAAUGAUGUUAUGCGUUCAAAAACAAAACGUUCCUUAACUUAAACAGUAUUGAUACUGGAAUCCAGGGGACUUGGUAAGGCUUCUGAUCUUAAGUUAAAACAUUGAGUUAAGGAAAGCUGGCAAACUGACCCUAGAAACGAUAUAGGUAAAACUAAAUUGAUGGAUAAUUCUUUUGCGACUAGUAGCUAAUUUAAUUAUUGGUGAUGCAACCUUUUGUGAUUUCAAGGCAUAACAAAAGAAAAGUCAUGUAGUUCAAGUCAUGGUCUCAUACGGACUUCUAUAAUUGUUUACAGGCUAUGAACAAUUUAUUCCAUACAGAAUGUAAAAUGAAGAAUGUCGAUGACUUAUUUUUAAGAUGACUUUAUUGCGAACGACUUCUGAAAAGUAUUAUAAAUUCUAACUCAAACUUAGACAGCUGAAGUGAAACCUGUGUUAUCACAUGGAUUUAGGACACAUGGAAAUUCUGUCCUAGAGGUACUGUAGUUUGAUUUGUUGUAUUGUUUUGUGGUAAAUAACUUAACGUGUUAUACAAAGUACGUGCGAUAACGUCUGUUAAUGUAUAUCAUUAUACAGGAAAUUGAAUAAAAAUAUCUGAAGAAAUCAUGUUUUAC